CGUAAAUUAGGUCAGUAUUGACAGUAUUGGCUACACAAUUUUCUAGCAGUAGUGUGUAAACAACACAUGGAUAGUUUAUUGAUUUAUUUGCUCUUGAUCUUUGUCUUGAUACAAGCGUAUACCACAAUCAUAUUAAAAGUAGCUGAUCUAAGUACUGUUAAUUGCAACUCUCAAGUCCUAUCAACAAGUCAAUAUGAAACCGUGCAACUGGUUCUGAAAAGAAAUGGAAGCCAACAUUUCCCUGAUAUAAAUGGUUGCUAUUAUUCAAUUAAACUAAAGAGUUACUACGCUAGUCGAUUUGAAAAGCUGGUAGUUACCGUGUCCAUGGAUAUUCUGAACGACUGCCAAUAUGCUAUAGAAAUAUACCCAGGGGAUCCAACCAUCAAUAGAUGUAUGAAGACACUAAACUGUUAUAGUGAUCCAACUUGGAUAGGCUCUUACCCAACUAAGGACAUUUUCUUGCGCUAUGUUCAUUCCACAAGAGAAGAUGUGAAUGUCACUGCAGAUGUGAGUGACAUGCUGUUGACCAAAGUCAGCUUUAAUCAUUGUACAAAAUGUUUUGAAACACCAAAGGUGUUUUCAGUUAGAGAACAAAUCACAGAUUAUUGUGGACAACAAGUUUGUUUAGCGGACAAAGAUUUGCUGUAUGUAAACGACCGAUAUAGUGCCAGUAUUUCAGAUUUCUUUCCCGGCAAAUAUUCGAGCAGACGAUUCAGUAUUUGUCCAUAUUGCAGAAGAAUACAAUUUAUGGUUAAAGAUUCUAUUCAACUAUGUUUAAAAGCGUAUGCAGGAACUACUGUUUGGAAUGAGGGAAAAGAUUGUCGUGUCACAUUGGAGAUAGACGGAAGCACUGCACUGACCCUGAACAGUGGACUACACUGGACGUGGUGUCUUCCAUGGGAAUUAAAAGGAAAGACAGUGAAAUUUACCUUUGGUUUGGAUUCGGGAUGGGAUUGCACUAUUUCGUCAGAUAGAUGUGCAGUUGAAAUACAAAUAUUUUCCCUAAACAAAACUUCACAGUUAUGUCAAACCACAACUCCAAAGCCAAAAGAAUGGUCUACUACUACACAGUCAUACCAGUGGUCAUCAUGGAAUUCAAAUAAUGAUGGUGUUGACAAUGAUGAUUCUUCAUCAUCCGACAGUGAUGAAAGUAGCAGAUUUCCAAUAGUUAUACUCUGUACAGUUGGGGGUGUAGUUGGAAUGACGAUUUGUGGCACGUGCUGUAAAAAUCUUUGCUCUUCCAGCUCUACAAGGCGGGACGAAAAUUACUUAAAUCAAGAAAUAGACAUGCAUAGACCUCAAAAUGGUUUUUUUACAAGGAGAUCUAAUGAACCUAGUGAAACACAAAAUAUGUUACACAGUCAAAUAAUAGAACCAGAAAGCACAGCCUUGGAUCCGUCAGCACCGCCAGUGUAUGAUUCAGUAGCAAUACCAGCAGAAGAAACUUAUACUUCCGCUUCCGGUGAUAACACGCCUGAUAAUAUUCCUCUAACAUCCACUGUAGAAAAUCGUGACUCUCCUGACAGCAACCUCAGUAAUAGACCGCCUAUCGUUGCUGCUCCUCCGUCAUAUGAAGAAGCAUGCCAAUAUUAUCAGCUAACUUAAUAUUAUUUAGGAACCAUAUAACUCGUUUUUUAUAUCAAUGUUUCAUACCAACUAUUACCUCUUACAUCCAGAUCAGAAUAUGCAAAAUAUUUUUACCAACCGAUUAAUACGAGAAAGCAAAUAUUAUAUACACGAACGAUAUCAGCCUUACUUGCAAAGGGUAAUAGCUUAUAUUUAUCAUAAGAGUUGGCCACUAUGAUAUCAUAUUACCUGGCAAUGUUAAGGCCGAAGACGUGCUUUAAAUUUAAUAGACAUAUGACGAAAGGCUGAGGGUGAAAGAGAACAAGAAAGAAAGUGGCAUACAAAAUCAUAGGAAAAAAUAAUAGUGCAAUCUUAUAAAAGCAAAUACGUACUAAAUAAAAUCUUUGAUAGAAAUAGUAUCGUCCUAAAACAUAACUGUUGGGGAUCAUUGAGAUUGCUAUGUUCAUGUGGAUGAAACAAAACACAAUAAAAAGUGAUAGGAGGAACACAUUCAUUUGAACGCUGUGCAUUUGCAAGUAAUACAACAAACACAGGCCUCUAAGAGAGAAAAAACAAGACAUAAAAAUGUCAUAUCAGCAGCUGUACUUCUGAUCAGAUUUCAUACAGAACAUCACGUGCGCGAAGAAGCGAUCUUGUGCAAUAACUAAUUUGUACAGAAUAUCAAUCCAGAAAAAAUAGCGUUGGUUUCAAAUAAACAUUAUAACUCGCUGCUUUAGCGAAGCAGCUUCCGUUGGUGAUACACUUUGACAAAUUUAAAUAUUUCCAUUUAGUUUUUAGUUAUUUAUUGACUACUUUUUUUAUAUAUAUAUUUGUUUUCAUAUUAAAGUUGAAAAAGCGAAA